CUGAUGAAUGUAACACUGUCUGACAGCUCGCAAAAACGGACAAAUUCACGUUGAUACUUUUGCAUAGGGACGGUUCGGUGUUUUGGAUUGGUGCAAAUGAGAAGAAAAUUAAGGGGAACAAGCCACUUUCUUCGCAACUUAUUCGAUACGACAUAAAAUUUUCUCUUUCAAGCUGUAUUUAGGCUCGUGGACACUAAAAAAACUUCUGCUCUACGUUCUACGUUCCUAUCACAGUCUUUUGUCUUUUACACUUCACAAUUCGAAUCACGGACGGAUGUGAAUUUCUUUCUCCUCAGCGAAGGGGGAAGCAAAUCUGCGCACAGCACAAUGUUCCCACCUAAAGAAGAAUUUGAUUUCAGUGAGCUUCUACGAGAGGCACAAGCUCGGUGGCUGCGGCCUGUGGAAGUUCUCUAUAUCUUGCAGAAUUACCAGAAAUUUAAACUUAGUACAGAUCCACCUAACAAGCCACAGAGUGGGUCACUAUUUCUUUUUGAUCGUAAAACACUUCGUUUCUUCCGAAAGGAUGGACAUAACUGGCGAAAAAAGAAAGAUGGAAAAACAGUUCGAGAAGCACAUGAACGGCUGAAGGCAGGCAAUGCGGAUGCUUUGCAUUGUUAUUAUGCCCAUGGGGAAGAUAAUCCAAGCUUUCAGCGACGAAGCUACUGGAUGCUUGAGGAGGCUUAUGAGAAUAUUGUCCUUGUUCACUACAGAGAAGUUACAGAGGGAAGAUUCAGUUCUUCACUUCCUGGGUUCUCAAAAGAUUGUUCUUUAUCUGUUCAGAAUCAAAACUUAAAUUACAGACAAGUGCAAAACUCAAGUGACGGAAUUGGAACCAGUGGAAUACAUACAUCACCUUGGACUUCUUCUAGUCCAUUAUCAGUAGAGGAAGUCAGUUCUAGGCUAGUCAUUGAAAAUGAUGAACUGGAUUCAGUGGAUGACAUAAACAAGAAUGGAGAUCUUGGUAAUUUCUUGACACAUGAUGGGACAUAUUCAGCACACCAGGAUAUUUCGUGUCUCCAACAUCUCACGAAGGAGUUGAGCCUAGAUACUGAUGUUUCUUCAUACUGUGAGGAUAAUAUUUCUUCUUGGGAUCCAUCAAAUACGGGAAUAACAAAUUCUGCCCUUCCAAUCUUAGAAAAUGAUUUAUCAAACCAAGAUAUGCUUACGCCUUUGGUACAGGGCAGUCAAUACCAGGGACAAGAUGAACAAGGGAGGGAAAUUUUGAGGAAUCCGAAGAACUUGAACAUUGACAUUUUGCUUCAAAAUCCAGGUACAUACCUCAGAAACCAUCGUUUGGGUCAACAAUUGACUGGAGGAACUGCAUUGUCUCCAAUAGAAUUAGAAAAGGCAGAGUCCAGUUCACCAUCCUGGAAGGAAAUGCUGGAGCUUUGUACAACAUCUACCAGGGAUAAUGUUCUCUCAUCAUCAAUUUUGAAGGGGCAAAGUAAUGAGCUGUUGUUUACUGCCCAGGAUGAAAUAAUUGGUUGGACGCAGAAACCAUCCUUGCAAGAAGAGAGACAAGAAGGAGCAUCUAAUAGAAAUGGAUGUUUUGAACACAAACCUCUUUGUCAAAGAAAGGAACAUAAAGUAGAAGGCACUAGCAACACCGUAACAUAUCCCACAGAUAUUUCUUUCCCUCAAGAAUAUGAAGAAUGGGGACCGGGACUGAAUAUGCUCACUGAAAGCAGUUCUUUUCCACAGGACAUUGAGAAGUUCAGGAAAUUAGAUAGUUUUAGAUGGUUAGAAAAUGAAGAGAUAUGCAUGAAUACUACUCGCAGCCCAUCUGACUACUAUAGCAUAUUACAUGAGCAGCCAAAUAAUAUGGGAGAACAACAAUUGGAAGAAAGUUCCAGUGUAACAGUGGCUCAAAUACAGCAUUUUAGCAUUAAUGAGAUUUGCCCUGAUUGGGCCUACUCAGAGGAAGGAUCAAAGGUCCUGAUAAUAGGCAAAUUUAUUGGGAAUCCAUCACAGCAGACAUGGCACUGUAUGUUUGGUGACAUUGAGGUUCCUGCAGAGAUCAUUCAGGAAGGCGUUCUUAGCUGCAAGGCCCCUUUACAUGCAUCUGGAAAAUUACCUUUCUGUGUAACAUGUGGCAAUCGAGAAGCAUGCAGUGAAAUUAGAGAGUUUGAAUACCGUGAUAAGUCUCGAAGUUAUGCCAGUGAAAAUACUCCAGCAUCAGUAGAUGCAAAGGCAGGCCAUGAUGAAAUUUUGCUGCAAGUCAGAUUUUCUCGCAUGAUCCUCUCUGAAAGGAGUUGUGAUUUGCCAUUGUUGAUUUUUGAGAAGAGAGAUUUUGCAGACUGCAAAGGUUAUAAUUCGUUGUUGGAAGCUGUGAGUGAUGACCAAUGGGAACAAAUUGAGUAUGCAGUUGAAGAUGGUGGCGAGCCUCUUGCUUACACAAAGGAGUGGCUUCUACAAACUUUCCUGAAAGAGAAGCUCUGUCAGUGGCUUGGAUAUAAAGCUAAGGAAAGGGAAAAGGGUGCUUCAGUUCUCAACAAACAUGGGCAUGGUGUCUUGCACAUGACAGCUGCGCUUGGGUAUGAGUGGGCAAUAAGUCCAAUACUGGAUGCUGGUUUUGGGAUUAACUUUCGAGAUGCACAUGGAUGGACUGCUCUUCAUUGGGCUGCACGCUAUGGCAGAGAAAAAACUGUAGCAGCACUUACAGCCAAUGGUGCAUCACCAGGAGCAGUCACAGAUCCUACGCCACAAUAUCCGUCUGGAAGAACUGCAGCUGACAUUGCUGCAGCCAAUGGACAUGGGGGGAUUGCAGGUUAUCUAGCAGAGGCAUCUCUGACGAGCCAUCUGUCUGUUCUUACUCUUGGUGAGAAUGAGAUUUCAAAGGCAUCUGCAGCUGUAGAGGCUGAUAGAGCUAUCGAAUCUGUGACUGAUAGGAGUAGCAUCCAGCAAACAGUAGGUGUAACAGAGGAUCAACUUUCUUUGAAAGAUUCUUUAGCAGCAGUUAGAAAUUCUGCUCAAGCAGCAGCACGUAUACAGUCUGCUUUUCGUGCUCACUCUUUUAGAAAGCGGCAACAGAAGUCUCAAGGCACAUGCAAUGAGUAUGGUAUAACUGAGGCAGACAUACAGGGAAUUUCUGCUGUAUCAAAGAUUCAAAGAGCACUGCGUAGUCAUCGUGAUCAAAAGCUAAAUACAGCAGCUACUUGUAUUCAGCGAAAAUUUCGUGGGUGGAAAAAUCGUAAAGAGUUUCUUACUCUGCGUCAGCAUGUAGUAAAGAUUCAAGCACAUGUUCGUGGACACCAAGUACGGAAAAAAUACAAAAUGCUUCUCUGGACCGUUGGUGUUCUGGAUAAAGCCAUAUUAAGAUGGCGCAGGAAGGGUACUGGAUUACGUGGAUUCAAACCAGAGCUUCCUGAAGGAUCCGAGAUGGAUGAAGAAGAAGAUGAUGAGGAUAUUCUGAAGGUUUUCAGGAAACAGAAGGUGACAGUGGCACUGGAUGAGGCAGUAGGACGUGUACUGCACAUGGUUGACUCUCCAGAAGCACGUCUCCAGUAUCGCCGUAUGCUUGAAAAAUAUCAAGAAGUGAAGGCUGAAUACCAUGGGAAAACAAGUGAAGCUUCCUCGAGUCCACUUGCAGGUUCUAGUCAUAUCGAAGAUGAUUAUAUGAAUUUAUUGGAAUAAUGAUUUUAUGCUGCCAUUUGUUGAGGGAAAUAUUUCCCACUUUCUAAAUUCGAUGGUUCUCCAAACAUGUUUUCCUAAGCAUCAGUGAUAAGUUAUUUUCAAUUUUGUAUAAAUUCUGGAGACUACAGCAUCCAAUCGUUGUUUGGAACGUGUGAAGUCUAGAGUGGAAUACUCUAUAUGUGGCAAUAUGUCUUGGUGAUUUGAUUCAUCUUUUGUAAAUUCAGCUGUAAUAUAAUUCUUAUUGUAGCUUGCCUGGGAUUCACUCUUAGAAAUGCAUGUUUGUGUAGUAAAA